CGCAGACUGGCCUGGUUGGGCCAUCGCCUUUGGAUCUAACAGCACUGCCUCACCCCUUCAGCAUGACCCUCUCCCGCCUGUGUCGGCCUCCAUAGAGCUCAUCCUGGUGGAGGACGUGAGGAUGAGCCCGGAAGAGGUGACCGUCUACAUCCACCCCAAAGUGCAGGCGGAACUGCACAUCAGAGAAGGCUCUGGCUACUUCUUCCUCAACACCAGCACCACAGACAUCAUCAAGGCGGCCUACCAGGAGGCCAGGGGUGUGGUCACAGUAAGUGUGGACCUGUCUCCACAUCCUUGUCAUUCCUGGUCGGGUGGCCUUGUGGUCAUCGGAGCGGUUGUUUCAGAAGCAGGCACUUAACCAUAGCAGGGGCAAUGAGUACGGUCUUUGGAGUCUCCGGUUCAUAGUUCGUGAAACUUUCAUCAUUCGUGAGCGACCUUUGUGACUUUGUUCUGUCUCUACAAACUACUCGCUCUAUUAGUUAGCUAGUGGUUUCCUUUCAGUCAGUUUUUUAUUAAACCAUUAUUGUAUAAGCACCACUGUAACAGCCAUAAGGAAGAUUGCUUUUUUAAAAUAAAGAAUA